AUGUAUGAUAUUUUGAUUAAAUUGAAGACGUAGAUUAGAUAGUACGAUAAAAAAAUUAUAUAUAUUAUUCAGAAAAUCAUUCAAAAUUUAAAUAAAAUGAAUAAAUUAUUAUAAACAGCUAUUACAAGAUCAACUUUCUUCGCAAAGCAAUCCCGUUUUUCAACUACCCCUGAUUAGUUCAGUGUUGUAACUAAGAAGGCUGGUGAUAAUACCAACUACCCAAAAAAUGGUGACAAGGUAACUGUUCAUUACGUAGGAACUUUUACAGAUGGCAAAAAGUUUGAUUCUUCUAGAGAUAGAAAUUAACCUUUCUAAUUUAUUUUAGGUGCUGGUUAAGUUAUUAGAGGAUGGGAUGAAGGAGUAGGUAAAUUAAGUCUUGGUGAAGUUGCCACCAUUACUUGCCCUUAUUAAUAUGCUUAUGGCGAAAGAGGUUAUCCUGGUGUUAUCCCUCCUAAGGCCACUCUCCUUUUCGAAGUCGAACUUCUUAGCUUCAAGAAAUGA